AUGAGUGAUGCCCAAGAUCCUGCCACAAUCCCUGCGGUUGGCACCCAGGUGAAUCUGAGGGGCUGGAGCCGUCGAGGGGAGGGCGGUGAGUCUUUCCAUUUCCGCCGGCACCAGGAGCUCCAGGCCUUCCUCAACCUUCUGGAGCACAGUUUCCUCCAGGAUUUCCUCUCCAAAGAUCCCUGUUUCCAGAUUUCAGAUAAGUAUCUCCUGGCCAUGGUGCUGGUCUACUUCCAGCGCGCCAACCUGCAGCUCAGCGAGUACACCCACAGCAAUCUGUUCCUGGCACUGUACCUUGCAAAUGACAUGGAGGAAGACCUGGAGGACCCCAAAAGCGUGAUUUUUCUGUGGGCCUUGGGCCAAGAUUGGCAUCAUAGAGUGUCAGACUUCCUGCGUCAGAGGGACAAGCUGUGGGCACGGAUGGGCUUCAGGGCCGUUGUGAGACGCCAGAGCUGCGAGGAGGUCAUGGCCAAGGAGCCGACCCACUGGGCCUGGACCCGGGAGAGGCAUCCCCACCACGGCAGGGCUCAGAGGAGCUACCCAAAGGCCCAGAUCCCCCUCCCCCGGGGCCCCGGCCUCUCGCCACCCCACUGUCCCCUGUGUGGCUUGCCCCCUUGCCGCAGCCACCGCUGCCGCCACCCCUGCCCCUUGCCUGUCAUAUCCAAGUGCCCUUCCCAAAACCCUGAGCGGCACCGCCCUCCCUCGCAAGCUUGCGUCUCGGUGGCUGGAGCCUCCUGGAGUGGGAACUUCCUCAUUGUCCUGCCCACCCAGCGGCAGCUGGAGCCAGGCACCUACACCCUCCACAUCUUCUCAAAGCUGCUGCCGUGCCCUCGGCGCUGACACUCGCAGGGUGAAGAACAGCCCGUCUGCUUGCCUGCUGACCCAGUGCUCUACUGGCUGUGGCCCCUCCAGCCUCCUGUCUUCUUGGCCUCAGGCUGGCAGGGCUGCCCAUGCCCCCUGCGCCAUCCUCCCAACCUGCAACUUGUACCCACUCUGACCUGACUCCUCAAAUAAAUUCAUGUCCACGGGACACCAACUGUGCUUAGGCCCUAGUCUGGGUCCCUGACCCAGGGUGGGGGUAGGGAGGAAGCUACCGGGAGAGGGGCAUCUGCCAGGUUUAGGUACCAGUGGUUGGAGACCCAUGAGCACAGGUCCUGUAAUAGCUCCUCUCCGCCCAUUCGUGACCAGUCAUCCUGAGCCUGUUUUCCCUUUUUAACAUCCUUGUGGAUGGUGAGAUCGACACAGUGCAGAUGGGACUAAAUGAGAUGAGGUAUAUGCAGUCCUUAGAAGAGGGUCUGGAACCUACUGGACAAAAAAAUGCUCAAAAGGAAAAUAGCUCCACUGUCAGUCUAGAAAUGCCUGCAGGGUCAGGUCUAUUUAGGAAUGAGCCUUGGUCCUUGCUCUGGGGGGCAAUCGAAUAUAAUGUAAUUAUUAUAAUACAAGACCCCCUCUCCCUCCCCCAAAGUAAGUUUGUUAAUUGGGGAGCAGGGAAGACUCCCCAGAGGAGCUGGCAUUUGAAUGGGGCCUUGAACAAUGUCAGGUUUGCCCAUGCUCGGGUGGUGGUGUUGGGGUGCUGGUGGUGAGGAACAGUAUUCUUGGAAAGACAGUCCAGAGUAGUGAUUAAGACUUGGUCUCUGGUGCCCGACAGCUUAAGUUCAAAGUCCAGGUUUAUGUGUGACUUUAGCCUGUUAUUUAAUCUCCUCUACUGCCUCAUCUGUAAAAUGGGUAUUACACUAAAAAGGGUGUCGGUUGAGAUUUGAAUGAGUUAAUCCUAGAAGGGUUUAGAACUAGGUUUCAAGAGUAGAGCUCAAAUGUGGGUGUUACUAGUAGAGGGAACUGCUGUCCAGAGAAAGGCUAGAGGGGAAUGUAUGUUUGGGGAGUGGCCGGAACACAAGACAGAGAAGUCUAAAGGGUCAGGUGGCAGAGGAAUCUGGUCGUGAUUCCCCUGCCUCUCUAUGAGUGGCUCCCAAGAAGUAAGGAGGUAAAGCCUGGAGACUGUGAACAUUAGAAGCCAAGACAAGGACUGUAAAGUAUUUGUAAGAGUUUUUCAAAUAGGUAAUAUAUUCACAUGUAUGUUUUGAAUUUUGCACCAAGUGUCACCUUCUACCCCUGACUCCCAGCCAUCUGGUUCCCCUUCCUGGAAGCAAUGAAAGUAAUAAUUCAUGUCCUUCCAGAGAACGGAUCUGAAUGUAUAUAACCAAAUGUGGUAUAAUAAAAAUAUACAUAUUUGGUCUUUGUCCUUGGUUCCUGGCACAGAGCUCCUAAAACCCUUGGAAUUUCCAGAGUUUCAGGAGUGUCUUUUGUUAUUCAUAAUGAGCUCCUUUGGAUCCCACCUGAGUUUAUGCUAAUGAGGUUACUCAGGAUGGGGGGGAAAACUGAUCACUAGAAAAACUGAUCUAGAGGGUGGGAACUUUCAGCUUCCCUACUUCCUCCAGGAGGGGCAGGGCACUGGAGAUUUGGAGUUUGGGGGGAGGGUGGCUCCGCCUCCCCCCCCCCCUCAUCUUGCCCUAUGAAUCUCUUCUAUUUGGCUGCUCCUGGGUAUCCUUUAUAAUACACUGGUAACAGUAGGUAAAGCACCUUCCUGAGUUCUGAGAGUGUUCCACUGAAUUAUCAGGCCUGAGGACGGGUGUUGUGGGCAUCCCCAAAUUUGUAGUCGGCCAGACAGGAGUAUGGGUCACCUGGGCAUUCCAUUUGUGGCUGGCAUCUUGUGGAACUGAGCCCUUAACCCACGGGGUCUGCGCUAACUCUGGCAAUUAGUGUCUGAAUUGAAUUGUAGGCACCUAGAUGGUGUUGGAGAGUUGGUGUGGACCCAUCACAUGUAUUUGGUAUCUGGGAAAAAACAUAUUUGGUGUGAGACGUGGUGUCAGAAAAAAGAUACACCAAAUAUGCAUAUAUGUCCCACCCCCAUUUUUAAAACACUCCAGUGGGAGAAUUCCAUACAUCCUACUGUGUACUUAUCAACGUAUUUUAAAGAUGGUUCCUCGUCUGCACAUUCCUUUUGACAGCUGUGUAGUAUUCCUGUGUGGAUGUACUAUAAUGUGUCUUUUUUCCUAUUGAUUGACAUUUGUUUCCACACUUCUGCUAUUCCAAACAGUGCUAUAGAGAGUCACUAAGACUUUGUAAGAACAGCAUUAUUCAAAUGUGAAAAGGUAUCUGUAGAGUGAAUUCCUAGAAGAAUUGUUCAGCCAAAGGUCAAGUCAAAAUUGAAGGACUUUGCCAAAUGUCCUUCUGUUGGGGCUAUGCCUGUACCGCCCUUCCCCCCCAACCUCUAGCAGAGCAUGUGAAGGCUGUUUUCCAGAAGAAUCACCAAUCAGUGAGGUACCAGAUUGUUUUAUGUUUGCCAAACUGCCAAGUAGAAAAUGGUGUCUUGGUGAAGGUUUAAUUUGUAUUUUUCUUUUGAGUGAGCUCAAGCAUUGUUUCAUAUGUUUAAGAGCUCUUUGUCUACUUUUUUGUGCACUGUCCUUGUCUUUGCCCAUUUUGCCACUGUUUUUGGUACCUGACUCACAUAUAAGGAAAAAUAGCCUUUCAGGAUGUAAAUUGGAAAUAUUUUCUUUGGUUUAUCAUUUUAACUUUGCUAUGCAGAUUUUUUAGUGCAGUAAAAUAAAUUUUUGUGGCUGCUGGGUUUUGUGUCAUAGUUGAAAAGACCUUUUCCACACUGAGAUGAUUAAAAGAAUGUCUCCCUUAGCUGCUGGCUGUAUUUUUGUUUUCAUUUUUUACAUUUAAAUCAUGAGUUCAUCUGGAAUUUAUCAUAUACAAAAUUCCUGCCCAGUUUCCUAAUGCCUUUUAGUGAAAAACUCAUCUUUUCUCAACAGAUUUGAAUUGCUGCUCUUAUACUAAAUUUCUAUACGCAUUUGGAUCUAUUUCUAGGUUUUUCUAUCUUUCAAUGAUCUUUGUGUAUCAGUACCUCUCUUCAUUACAUUUAAUUAUUAUAGAUUGGAUUUACUAUCUGGUAGGGUUAGUCUCCUGUCUUCAGGAGUCUCUUGGCUAUUCUUUUUUUUUUUUUUUUUUUUUUUUUUUAUUUUUGGUUGCAUUGGGUCUUUGUUUUUUUUUUAAAUGAAACUUUGCAAUUUUUUUCUUUUUUUUUUCUUUUUUUUAAAUUAUUUUUAUUUAUUUAUUUUUGCCUGUGUUGGGUCUUCGUUUCUGUGCGAGGGCUUUCUCUAGUUGCGGCAAGCGGGGGCCACUCUUCAUCGCGGUGUGCGGGCCUCUCACCAUCGCAGCCUCUCUUGUUGCGGAGCACAGGCUCCAGACGCGCAGGCUCAGUAGUUGUGGCUCAUGGGCCUAGUUGCUCCACGGCAUGUGGGAUCUUCCCAGACCAGGGCUCGAACCCGUGUCCCCGGCAUUAGCAGGCAGAUUCUCAACCACUGCGCCACCAGGGAAGCCCACAUUGGGUCUUUGUUGCUGUGCACAGUCUUUCUCUAGUUGCAGUGUGCGGGCUUCUCAUUGUGGUGGCUUCUCUUGUUGUGGAGCACGGGCUCUAGGCUCACGGCCUUUCGUAGUUGUGGUUUGCGGGCUCUAGAGCACAGGCUCAGUAGUUGUGGCUCACGGGCCCAGUUGCUCUGCGGCAUGUGGAAUCUUCCCAGAUCAGGGGGGUCGAACCCGUGUCCCCGUAUGGGCAGGCGGAUUCUUAACCACUGUGCCACCAGGGAAGUCCCUCUUGGCUAUUCUUGCUUGUUCAAUUUUCCAUAUGAAGUUUAAAUCAGCUUUCCUAGUCCCUCUUCCCCUCAAACAAUCUGUUAGAAUUUUUAAAAAUCUGUUAGAAUUUUUUAUUUUUUAUUUUUUUGGCCAUGCCAUGCAGCAUGCGGGAUCUUAGUUCCCCGACCAGGGAUGGAACCUGCGCUCCCUGCGCUGGGAGCACAGUCUUAACCACUGGACGGCCAGGGAAGUCCCUAGAAUUGUUAAUUUCGAUAAAUCUAUAGAUUACUUUAAGAACAGACAUCUUUAUGAAGCAUCUUUGUGUCCAGAAUGAAGUGUCUGUCCCCUGCCUCUACGUACUUCUUUCAGGUGGCACCGAUGGCCAGUGACUCCCAAAUCUGUACCUCUAUUCUGAGGGCUAGUCCCACCCCCAGGCAUCUCCCCUUGGAUGGAGGUGGGUCCCAAAGGUACCUCCCAAACCUGAUCCUCCAGUGUCCCCUCCAGAUUAGUGUCCCCCGCACCAUUAAUCCACUCAGAUUCCUCCCUAUCUCCCAAGAGCCAUAUCCAAUCAGUGGCUAAGUUCUAUAGGUGUUUUUAACAGCUUUAUUGAGGUAUAGUUGACAUACAAUAAACUAUGUAUACUUAAAAGGUACAUUUUUGUUUUGACAUGUAUACCCCCAUGAAACCAUUAUCACAAUCAAGGUAAUGAACAUAUCCAUCACCCCAAAAAGUUUCCUUAAGUCCCUUUGUAAUCUCUCCCUCCCACCCUUUCCCACCUGCCAGCCCCUCCAGGCAACCACUGAUCUGCUUUCUGUCACUAAAUUGCCAUCCUUUUCCUGGAAUUUUCAUAGAAAUGGAAUUAUAUAGAAGAAUGUACUUUUGUCUGGUUUCUUACACUCAAUAUAAUUAUUCUGAGAUUCAUCCAUUGUUGUUCCUUUUUAUUACUGGGUAGUAUUCUAUUGUAUAUAUACGCACCACAAUUUGCUUAUCCAUUCACAAUUUGUUAAUGAACGUUUGGUUGUGUCGAGUUUUGGCUGUUAAAAUUAAAACUGCUAUGAAUAUUCACACACAAGUCUUUGUGUGGACACAUACUUUUAUUUCCCUUGGGUAAAUGCCUAGGAGUGGAAUGGCUGGGUCAUGUCGUAGGUGUGUAUUUAACUUUAUUUUUCUUUUUUUAAGAUAGACUAUUUUUUUAGAGCAGUUUUAAGUUUACAGAAAAACUGCUCAGAAAGUGUAGAGAAUUCCCAUAUCCCUUUUCCCACCUGCACACAGUUUCUCCUAUUAACAUUUUGCAUUAGUGUGGUAUAUUUGUUACAAUUGAUGAACCAAUAUUGAUACAUUGUUAUUAAAGUCCAUAGUUUACUUUAGGGUUCACUCUUAGUGUUGUACAUUCUAUGGGUUUUGCAUAAUGUUAUGUAUCCACCACUACAGUAUCACACAGAAGAGUUUCACUGCCCUAAAAAUGCCCUGUGCUCCCUUCCCCCACCUUCCCUGAAACCUUGGCCAUCACUGAUCUCUUUACUGUCUCUAGUUUUACCUUUUCCAGAAUGUCAUAUAGUUGGAAUCAUACAUUAUGUAGU